GGAGCCUACAGAGUCAAGUUGUUACAGUCACGGUCACCGGGCACGCGCGCAGACUGGAUUAACCCACCGACCGUGACGUCUCAAACAAAACAGGCACCUCAAAGCCAGACUUCCAGAAAAAAGAAAAACAAGGAUUUAGCGUCCGUUUGAAGUCCAGCGCAACUGCUGUCCUUCUUCGCUCCUUCCUGAGCUGAAAAUUCUCUCGCUGCUCUUACUUGUUCUAGAGAAACAAAAUUUCAGUUUAUUUUAGUCUUUUUUUUUUCAAAGAUGACAACCAUGGAGAGCUUGAUAGGGCUGGUAAAUAGAAUCCAGAGAGCCUGUACAGUUCUCGGAGACUACGGUGGCGAUGAUAACGCUUUCUCUUCCCUUUGGGAAGCUCUCCCCUCUGUAGCCGUCGUUGGUGGACAGAGUUCAGGAAAAUCUUCAGUCUUGGAAAGCAUUGUCGGUCGAGACUUUCUUCCCAGAGGAUCAGGGAUUGUGACAAGGAGGCCUCUAGUGCUGCAGCUACAUAAGACUGAGGAUGGAUCACAAGAAUAUGCUGAAUUUCUUCAUCUACCGAAGCAACAAUUCACUGAUUUUUCUGUGGUGCGCAAGGAAAUUCAGGAUGAAACCGAUAGAGUCACAGGGAAAACCAAACAGAUUUCUCCUGUUCCUAUCCAUCUCAGCAUCUACUCUCCAAACGUUGUCAACUUAACCCUGAUUGAUUUACCUGGUUUGACAAAAGUUGCUGUUGAGGGACAACCUGAAAGUAUUGUUCGAGACAUUGAGGCCAUGGUCCACAGUUAUGUUGCGAAGCCAAAUUGUCUUAUACUAGCAAUAUCUCCAGCCAAUCAAGAUAUAGCGACUUCGGAUGCUAUCAAACUUUGUAGGGAAGUGGAUCCCACAGGAGAACGAACCUUUGGGGUGCUGACCAAGUUGGAUUUGAUGGACAAAGGAACCAAUGCAUUAGAUGUUCUUGAAGGAAGAUCAUAUCGGCUGCAGCAUCCGUGGGUUGGAAUUGUGAACCGAUCCCAAGCCGACAUUAAUAAGAACAUUGACAUGAUUGUGGCUAGGCGCAAGGAGCGCGAAUACUUUGCAACUAGUCCAGAUUAUGGGCAUUUAGCCAAUAAAAUGGGUUCAGAAUAUCUUGCCAAACUUCUCUCAAAGAAUUUAGAGUCUGUAAUUAGAGCUCGCAUACCAAGUAUCACAUCCACGAUUAACAAUAGUAUUGACGAGCUUGAAUCAGAAUUGGACCAUCUGGGUAGGCCUAUUGCUGUUGAUGCUGGGGCCCAAUUAUAUACCAUCUUGGAACUUUGUCGUGCAUUUGACAGGAUAUUCAAAGAGCAUCUGGAUGGAGGGCGACCUGGAGGUGACCGUAUUUAUGGAGUUUUUGAUAAUCAGCUCCCUGCUGCUUUGAGAAAGCUACCAUUUGAUCGGCAUCUCUCCCUGCAGAAUGUGAGGAGGGUGGUCUCAGAGGCAGAUGGUUAUCAGCCACAUCUGAUUGCUCCAGAGCAAGGUUACCGUCGACUCAUUGAUAGCGCACUGAAUUAUUUUAGAGGCCCAGCAGAAGCCUCUGCAGACGCUGUUCACUUUGUCUUGAAAGAGCUUGUCAGGAAGUCAAUUGCAGAAACUCAGGAAUUAAGGCGUUUUCCAUCUCUGCAAGCUGAGUUAGCUGGUGCUGCUAACCAGGCCUUGGAAAGGUUCCGAGAGGGUAGUAAGAAGACAGCUCUUCGAUUAGUGGAUAUGGAAUCUUCAUAUUUAACUGUGGAUUUCUUUCGAAGGCUUCCUCAGGAAGUGGAUAAUGGAGGAAAUCCAGCUUCCUCAACUGUGGACCGAUAUACAGAGAUGCACUUCAGGAGGAUUGGGUCAAACGUGUCCUCUUAUGUUGGGAUGGUGUCUGAGACACUCAAGAGCUCAAUCCCAAAGUCUGUGGUUCAUUGCAAAGUUAGAGAAGCCAGACACUCAUUGCUAAAUCACUUCUACACACAAAUUGGGAAGAAAGAGGGUAAGCAGCUUUCACAGUUAUUAGAUGAAGACCCGGCAUUGAUGGAAAGAAGGCAGCAGUGUGCAAAGAGGCUUGAAUUAUACAAGGCAGCUAGGGAUGAGGUUGAUUCUGUAUCGUGGGCUCGAUAAGGUGGAUCUAUAUUUGAAAUACUUUGUAUUAUACUGAAUCUACCUAUGAAAUGCUUUUUGUAUUAUAGCGGCUUGAAUUGGCGAUCCAGACUCUUGAUGAGUGAAAUUCUUUUUCCUCGUCGCCGAUAUUUUCUUACCGAUGUAUUUAAAAGUCAUGUGGAUUCUAGUCUGAAAAAAAAAAAUGAUUCAUUUUCGUUUGAAAUACGAAGGAGCAAGGCCCAAUAAACUAUAGUCUUACUUU